CUGGCCCUUUAAUCCCUCUGAUCUCCUCUGCACUCCUCUGCAGACAGUUUUAAAUCAGCCAACUUUGAGAGGAGCCUUUAAGAGACACCUUCCUUUUCUUUUUUGCUUGUUUUGAAGACACUUGUGGAGACUUUUUCUUUCAUCGGACACACGUUUCCGGGAACCUUGACUCUCUCUUGUCACCCUUGAGGGAAUCUUCUGCAGGGGCCGAUGGAUCUGUCCGACCUUCCCUUCCCUCUCUCCUCUGCCGAUGACCUGUACGAUGACCCCUGCUUCAGCACCAGCGACAUGAACUUCUUCGAUGACCUGGACUCCCGGCUGGUGCACGCCGGCCUACUGAAGGCAGAGGACCACCUUCAUCACCAUCAUCACCACCAUGUCCCCAUCGCAGAGGAGGAGGACGAGCAUGUGAGGGCUCCGGGGGGCCUCCACCAGGCGGGGGGGCACUGCCUGCUCUGGGCCUGCAAGGCCUGCAAGAGGAAAACGUCAAACGAAGACCGGAGGAAAGCGGCGACGAUGCGGGAAAGGCGGCGGCUUGGUAAAGUCAACGACGCCUUUGAGACCCUGAAGCGCUGCACGGCGUCCAAUCCAAACCAGCGGCUGCCCAAAGUGGAGAUCCUGCGCAACGCCAUCAGCUACAUCGAGUCCCUGCAGUCGCUGCUGAGGACCGGCCGGGACGACGGCUUCUACCCGCCGCUGGAGCACUACAGCGGGGAAUCGGACGCCUCUAGCCCCCGCUCCAACUGCUCUGAUGGCAUGAUGGAUUUCAUCUCUCCGUGUUCAACCAGAAGUGAGAACAGUGAUGGUUCCUACUGCAGCCACACAGACGAUUCCAGCAUCCGUAAACCAUCGCUCAUUUCCAGUUUGGAUUGUUUGUCCAGCAUCGUAGAGCGGAUCAGCACAGAUCCAGCUGUGGCCCCCCCGGGCGACAGUGUGGUCCCCCGGGGCCCUGGGUCGCCUCAGAGCAGCCCUGAAGGCUCCAGUUCUUCUGCUGAACCCAACAGCAUCUACGAGCCGCUCUGAACCCGAUGAAGCCGAGGACUUUUAUUCCACAAAAAGCCAGGACAAACUCUAGAAGUUAGAGUCGGUUUUUAGCCUUCUGAACACACUGAAGAGUGCUGCUGUGUGUGACAUUCAUCAGCAAAAAAAAAUGACAUUUUCCUAAUGGAUUUCUGCUGCAGAUAUGAUAACUGAGGACCAUUUUGUACAUCACACAUGCACGCACACACACACACACACACACACACACACACACACACACACACACACACACACACACACACACACACACACAUAAACACACAGGGAUGCUGCGAUUGUUGUGUCAUAUGUUUAUAUAUAUAUUAUUUAUGAGUGAAUGACAUUUUAAUAAAGACAUUUAUAUUCAGUAAAACAUUUUAAUGGCUUUCACGUACUAUUUUAUUAAUGGAGUCUAUAUUAAA